GGUUGAGCUAGUCACAUAAGCAGCAGGCAACAACAGAGGUGAAGGUUGUUUAUCCUGUGCAGAAAUCGCUGGGUCAUUCUUUUUGUUUUGAAUUGUUGGGGUUUUGAGCGUGAUUUCCUCUUUUACUUUGAAUCGUCUGAUGGAAAGGGCAUCCUGCUAGGGGCCAGUUCGCGCCAUGUCCUUCGUUGUCCUGCGCUCUACAGUCAGAUAACACAUCGUUUUCAACAGUAAAGAGGACACACGCAAGCAGCCUCCUCUCCUGAUGGCCUUUUUCCAGCAGCUGAAGCUUCUCCUCUGGAAGAAUGGGCUCGCAGCCAUCAGACAGCCAUUAUGGUCCCUGACUCUGGUCGCCUGGCCUCUGAUCAUCUUCAUCAUCAUUGCUGUGACACGCAACCAGUUCCCUCCAGUUCAAAAAGAUAUAUGUUAUGUGGGACCCAGAAACCUUCCCAGCACAGGCUUCUUCCCUUUCCUGCAGACCCUCAUGUGCAACACUGACAGCAACUGUCACAACAAAUCCCUUCUGGUGGACCCAGCUGCAUCAAAGUCAACUUCAAGGUUGAGGAAACAGAAGAGUUCUCCGCUGUCAAAACUGAUUAACGGGGAUGAAUUAUUCAACUUCCUUCUUCCCAAGAGCGUUGACAGUGAUCCUACAGCACUGUUUGAGGUGUUAAACAACUUUUUUGGUUCAUCUCACCAAGGAAGCUCUAAUAAUGCCUCUUUCAUGAACUCCAUGAAUAACACACUUCCUGCUGAUCAGGAGAGCUUGAACCAAAUGCUGGAGUCAGUGAACCUGUUUAAGAGAGCCAUCUGUUCCCUGACGCUGCCCAUGAUAAACACCUCGUCACCGGACAGUAUCUCCUAUGCUGUGGUCACUUUCUGCACUUCCAACAACACUCUUUUUGAAGUCUCGCUCAACACAAUCAACCAGAUACUGACGCAGCUGAUGAUGAAAGAGCCUGAUGAGAUGAUGACGUUGGCUGGCGUGGCGGUGUUGGUGUUCGAUAAGCUGCAAAGUCAGACCCCACUGUGGGAAACUCUUCUUGCCAUUCCCCAGCUCCUCAAUUCUGGUUCCAUCGACCAAGGGCUGGACAGCGCUGAGGUCCUACUCAGCAACUUACAGGGUUCUCUGCGUGUCAUCGAGAGCAAUUUCCCUGAAGCAGGUGCCUCACUUUCCACGGUGCAUCCACUGCUUGCGGGAGGCAUCAACCUCAUCAACUAUGCUCAAAACUGGCCUGGCAGAGAUGUGUCCAUUCCCCUUGGAGAGAUUGUCACAUUGCAGAAUGACACACUAAGUGAAAUGGUGAAAACUCUCUUACAAAACAUCAAAAUACCUCUGGACAAGGCUAUUGGCCUGGCAUUGGACAGCAGCAUGGCUAGUUCGUGCUUGUGUGACAACAGUAGCAACCCGAUGUGGCUAACAGCAGCGUGCCGCACCGGCACCGUGGAUAUGCUUCUGGGUUGGAUCAGCCCUGAUAAGUUGGCAAAGCAGGCUCUCUUGGUGUGGAGUAAGCACGUUGCUCCCCACGACGUGUCUUAUGCCAAAGGGCUGCUGCACAGUCUGAUGGGAACGCUAUCUCCAGGAGGACAGCGAGUCUCCAGCAACCCAAGGACCAGGCGUAGCAUAGAAACACAACCACAAAACAUUGAGGAGGAGCUGUUUUUGGGAGUCGGUCAAGUGGUGAUGGAGAUUAUAAAAAGUGUGCCAGAGCUGGAUAUGGUUCUCCAGAGCAUCCUCGGAACAGGCUUCCAGUCCAUGAAUUUUGCGUCACUGUCCCUUGAAAAUGUAGAAGAAAUCAUAGCCAAUGUCAUGAAAGAUGCGGAUAAACUCCAGAUGGCUUAUCUGGCGAUCCUACAGGACCAGACCGAGGCAAGCGCUUGGAUUGCUCAAGUCGUGGACAGUGUGAUGAAAGUGAUCAUGAAGAUUCUGUCAUCUGAGUCUUUACAAUGUGAGGAUGUGUUUGAACCCUUCGAAUGGCUCUUAAAGUCAGAGAGCAUAAAGACAGAGGUGUGGAGAUCAAUGAUCUGUCAGAACAGCUCCGCCUUACAGGAAGCGCUCCUGGUGGAUUGGCUGCCAUUGGUUCAGAAGGCGCAAGACUUGUACGGUGUCCUCACAGGCCAAACACACUACAACGUGUCACUUCCCAUGAUUCUCUCUGAAUGGCACAGGUUGUACAACAACAGUCUGCAGCUCGGUGUGCUUUUCGACAGACUGGCCACAGAGCUGGGUGGAGCGUACUGGAUGAACUGGAUGCCAGACAACAGCACUCCUGAUGUUACGGGAAUUCUUCAACAAAGUGCUUUCUUUAUCAUGGUGAAUGUUGGAGAAAAUAUUGAGAAGAGUCAACUGUGGCCCGAUGUAAAGGACUAUCUUCACAUGCUCUACUGGAUUUCUAACUACAGGCCUGGACUCACAACUCAACCACCAAACUGUUCAAUGAGCAAUUACGGGGCCCUUCAAUGUGAUACUGGUUUGAAAUGGCCUCAGUUUGUUCAAACACUGACUCGGAAUCUGAUGUCACCAAACCAAGAUGUUCUGGUGAAUUUUCUAAAAGGAACAGUGAAUCUGUUGCAGCAUGUAUACGGGGACACCUAUAAAAAUCUGGCAGGAUCAUUUUUGAAACAAGAAAUCAUUGGUGGAGAUGCGCUCUCUGCCUACCUGACAAACCUGCUGGAAAACCUGGAUGUUUUUGUCAACACGAUCUCCAUGCUUCCUGACCGAAACAUUACAAACCCUAAUGUCAUGCUUCCCCUCCUCGGUAACCUGUUGCAGUCCACAGGUCUGAAACCACUGCUGCCUCUGUUCUUGAGUGACGGUCCCCUCAAUGCCUCCGCAGUACUGGAUGUUGCCUCGAAGCUUGGCAGACUCAACCAGCACAUUUUUACAUUCAAUGAAACGGACCCAACGAUGCCUGAACUGGAACGGUUGACAAUGCAGUUUCUGUCCUUGGAGGGUAACCUCACCAUGUCUCUUCCUCACAUCAUGGGACACACCCUGCUGACCUAUUCAAACUACUUCAACCCUGAUGAUGUAGCCCGUCUUAGAAAAGCCAUCCAGCCUUUCACCAAGCAGACCUCAGCUGGCUUUGUAGAAGCCAUCCUGAGGGCCAUGGAGCUACUAAAGAAGGUUUUAGAUGCUCCAGACGGUGACCCAACUAACAUCAUUCUUGGGUACAUACGCCAGCUUCAAGACUUUGUGAUGUCUCUGUAUAGACUGAGAAAAAUACAACAUCUCCCGUCAUCUAGUGGGAAUCUAAGCACAGCACAAGUCACUGACCUCCACAUGCUCUCGAAGGACUUCCUCAGCCUUCUUACCCCAGAAGGCCUUAUGAACCUGACUCACGCUGGAGAAGAUGCUGCCCAGGACAUUGUUGCACAGAAAUUCAUAGCAUUCCUCCCAAAAGAGGUCCAACAGGAAGCUGCUCGCUUUCUCAAGGAUUUCAAAGCUCUGCAGUACCACAUAAUCCAAUGUGCAGCAGGACAGAACUGCUUGACUGGAGUCUCAGAAAUCUUCAUGUUCCUGGAUCAGAUAUUGGACCUGAUGCUUUCAGCCGACGGUAAUGUCAAACUUACAUUAUCUUCAACCAACUCUGUUCUGAAGAGACAGGAGGAUGAGGAAAUUGCAACCCUGUUCUUCUCACUCCUCCUGUCCUCUGAUGAUGCUGCCUAUGUGGAAACAUUCAAACAGUUUCUUCAUUUCAUCCGAUUGAUCAUAGCUACACCAAAUAUCAGUGUGUCUGACGUUCAGAAUGCAUUGCAACAGUCAAACCUUACCCUUGCGGAGCUGAACAACAUCGCUGCCCUAGCUGGAGCUGCCAACAUAAACGACCUGAUGGUGGAUAUAAUGGAGCUUAUCAAGGUCCGACAGUGCUUCGAACCACAGGAUAAACCCAUGGUGACAGCCCAGUGUGUUAUGGGCCUGAUAAAAUGGUUUUGUCAGCAGUUUCCUAUCCAAACGUUCCCAGUCCUCCGUAAUGAGACAGCCAUCCUCUCACUAAUUCAUUAAUCGUCAAUAACAGUAUCAGGGAUGUCCUCCAAGGUGACUUCAGCUCCAAUCCUCAAAUGGCUAUUGCACACACCUUGAACAGAUCCUGGCAAUAUCAAGAUGAACCUCCAGCAAGAACCAGCUGUCAACUCGGAGAUCAUUGAAGGAAUCGUGGUGGUAGAGGGUCUGAUACAACUGAUCGCCAUCUCAGAACCAUUUGACAAUUUGAACUCCACUUUGAUGAUGGACCCUUUGUAUGCUCAGAAGGUGUAUCUCCAGAUCGUGGAAUGGUACUUGAAAAAACUGGAAAACA